GGCACCUGACAUGGGCCCCUGUGGGCCCUUCAACCUGAGCCUUGUCAGCCAGGCGACCACGUGCGAUGCGCCCGGGGCUCCCAAUGCAUCAGCGGCGCCGCCUUCAGGCCGUCCCGGGGCGUCCCCAGCGCUGCCCAUCUUCUCCAUGACGCUGGGCGCUGUGUCCAACUUGCUGGCCUUGGCACUGCUGGCACAGGCAGCGGGCCGCCUGCGGCGUCGGCGUUCAGCCGCCAUCUUCCUGCUGUUCGUCGCCAGCCUGCUGGCCACCGACCUGGCGGGCCACGUAAUCCCGGGCGCGCUGGUGCUGCGCCUGUACACGGCCGGGCGGGCACCCACCGGCGGCGCCUGCCACUUCUUGGGAGGCUGCAUGGUCUUCUUCGGCCUGUGCCCACUGCUGCUGGGCUGCGGCAUGGCCGUGGAGCGCUGCGUGGGGGUCACGCGGCCGCUGCUGCACGCGGCUCGCGUCUCCACGGGCCGCGCGCGCCUUGCCCUUGCUGUGCUGGCUGCCGUGGCCUUGGCCGUGGCGCUGCUGCCGCUGGCGCGCGUGGGCAGCUACGAGCUGCAGUAUCCCGGCACCUGGUGCUUCAUCGGCCUGGGCCCGGCGGGCGGCUGGCGGCAGGCGCUGCUCGCCGGCCUCUUUGCGGGUCUCGGCCUGGCCGCGCUCUUGGCCGCGCUCGUGUGCAACACGCUCAGCGGCCUGGCCCUGCUGCGCGCCCGCUGGCGCCGCCGCCGCUCUCGACGGCGUUCUCCCGCCUCAGGCCCGGAUGGCCGGCGUGGCCGACGCCGCUGGGGAGCGCGCUCCGCGUCAGCCUCAUCGGCCUCGUCCCUCGCCUCCGCCGCCUCCUCCAGCUCCCCGGGUGGCGGCUCGACGCGCAGAGCCCGUGCUCACGACGUGGAGAUGGUGGGCCAGCUCGUGGGCAUCAUGAUGGUGUCAUGCAUCUGCUGGAGCCCGCUGCUGGUGUUGGUGGUGCUAGCCAUCGGGGGCUGGGGGCCCAGCUCUUUGCAGCGGCCGCUGUUUCUGGCUGUGCGUCUCGCCUCCUGGAACCAGAUCCUGGACCCCUGGGUGUACAUCCUGCUGCGCCAGGCCGUGCUGCGCCAGCUGCUUCGCCUCCUGCCCCCGAGAGCCAGCACUAAGGGGAGCCAAGUGGGGCUGGGCUUGACCAGGAGCACAUGGGAGAUCAGCUCGCUGCGCAGCUCCCGGCACAGUGGCCUUGGCCACUUCUAG